CCGACAAGGGGCGAUCUCAAUCUGUACCUAGCAAUUGCCGCUGCCUUUUGUUGACGCUAUUUGUUUGACUUUGCCGUCACCGUAGUGCUGGUGAUCAUUAUUCGCCGUACAAUUUCCAAUCUUAUUUCAAAAUACGCUGCGAAACGGUUAGCAUUCGAAAAAUAUAGCGCGUACUUUCGGUGCACACUUGUCUAUUGAGUGCGAAUAUUUCGUCAAUUCAUUUCGUUGAAUUAUUCUCAUAAUCGGUUGUGUGUAUUUCGUACAGAAUUGUGCUAAUUUCGAAAAUUAUAUUAUAUUUUUUCAUUAUACACUGAAUUUCUUAUGUUUUACUAUUUUUCGGUGUAUGGCGUUCUGUGUCUGCAUUAGUUAGCGGCUUAAAAGCGCCAAAGUGUAACAGUUCUAUAGGAAAAUCGUGAUCAGUGGCGCACAUUCCGCCAUGUGUUUUUUAUAUACUUCCCUCAAACUUGCAUAGAUGACAGCGUAAGAACUGCUCAUUCGUCGUCGUAGUCAUUUAGUUCGUGAAAAUGUGCGUGUUCGCGUCAAAACAUUUAGGCAGCUGAAAAACUGCACUCCCCAUAAACAAUAUCGAUAUCGUUAUAAUAAAAUAAAUUAUUUGUAUACAUACCUACAUACAUUCAUAUGUAUAUUAAAAUAUGGUAUAAGGAGCACUGCAAACGAGUGCAAUUUAUUUUAUGUGCAAUUUUAUUGCUAAUGAUUGCAAAUAAGAUAUAUAAUAUUUAAAUUCAUAUAUACAAUCUCAAAAUCACCAUAUAUAAAAGUGUAAAAUAUUGAGUUAGUUAUUAGACGUACGUUAAUAGAAUUGAAAUUAGUGGCUCUGUAAAAAAUAUUUGAAAUUUUUACAUAAAAAGGUCCAACUUAGCAAGUACUUAAUAAAUAUAUUAUAACUAUAUGAAUAUAUAUGUAAUAUACAUUGAAGACACAUAUAUAAAAAACUAUAUCCCAAAAAAAUUAAAGCUAACUAAAAUAUCGCUUAAAAAUAUAAAAUAUCUGUGAAUAGUUUGCUUAAGUUAAUUUGAAAUUGAAUGAGCCCAAUGAGUGGUCUACGGCAGCAAUUAAAGAUGCUGGGAACAGCAUUGCUGGGGAAACGUACCACAAAAUCUGUGAAAAAGAAACCGUUUACAGAAGUGGAAAUAAGCGAUUUGCGAACUGCAUUCGAUCUCUUAGAUAGAAAUCGUGAUGGUCGUGUCACAGCAAAUGAGCUGCAAUUUAUGUUAAAAAAUCUUGGCAUAAAUGUACGAGACGAAAUCAUACACGAUCUCAUACGGGAGGCAAGUCAUUCUGGAAAUGGGUUAAUCAACGAGGCUGAAUUCCUGCAAUGGGUGGGACGCAUUCAAGCGUUACGUGAUGAACAGCAGCAGCAACAACAACAGCAAGAAGAAAAUGCAAGCAAACCAGAAGAGAACGAUGAUGUCACCGAGGAUUUAAUCGCCGCAUUUAGGGUAUUUGAUCGUGACGGCAAUGGCUUCAUUACGCGCGACGAGCUGCAAACCGCCAUGGAAAUGAUUGGAGAACCCCUCUCAGAAACGCAACUCACACAAUUAUUGGCCAUAGCCGAUUUGGAUCAAGAUGGCCGAAUUAAUUACGAAGAAUUUACGAGACUUUUACUUUAAAGUGAACACCCAUAAAACUGAGCAUACUUACAAAUAUUAGCGAAGCAACAGCAAGCAAACUACAAUGUCAACAACAAAUAUAUGCAAAACUUUAUAUACACAUAUAUAUAUCUACAACAGUGCAGCAUACUCAAGUUACAUAAGUACUAAGCAGAAAUAUGUUUAAUAACGAACUCUUCUUGGCAAAAACGAAAAAACAAAACUAAAUAAAAACAUAUUUUGUAAGUUUGUGCGUUUAUCUGCCGGUCCAGUAGCAAGCUAAGCAGCAACGAGAGGAUGGUGCAACAGCAAACAAACAUACAUCCAUAGGUGGUAUAUGUGUGGCUGUUGGAAGGGAGCCAUGAAAGUCACAAAAGAUUAAAAUUUUAGUUAAUAGGUUGUUAAUUUAAAUCAUUAUAUUUAUUUAUAGUUUCACAUAUAAAAAACACACAAACAAUGAUAAACACAUAUACAUAUAGUUAGUUUAAGUUAAUUUUUAAUUGUAAUAAAAAAGUACAGUAAUGUGAAGGUAAAUAGAAGCGUUUUUAAUGAAAUUAAGAUUUUGGCAUUUUGUUAUAAAAUUAUGAAUAUGAAAUUAAAUUAAAAUUUAACAAUUUAAUUAUAAAGAAAUAUAAGAAAUUAUUCAAUUAUAAAACCUAAAUUAAUGGCAUUGAAUUUUACAGAUUCGUAAGAAAUAUACAAAAACAAAAAUAAUUCGUAUAAGUCUGAGCGCGAGAGUGAUAAAUUUUUGUGUUAAGGGUGCUGCAAUAAUUAAGUCAAAAUUCAGUUAUGUGAAAGCUUAAAAAUGUGUAUUGGAAAUACCUAUAAAAAACUGUUCAGAUGAUGAUUUAUGUACCGAUGCAUGCUAAAAUAAAUAAGAAAUAUAUUAUAUAUUCAACAAAAUAUAAUGAAAUUUGCAGCAAAAUUAAUUAAUAUUUACAAGAAAAACUAAACAAAAUGAAAAUUUCCAUAUUGUCUUAUCACAAAAAAAACACUUGAAUUAAAUCUUAAAACUCUUACUACUACUAUAUUAUCCGUUUUCUAAAGCUCUAUAACUCACAUUUGUGUAUGUAUGUACUAGUAUAUGACAAUGUGUACAUACAUGCAAGUUAUAUGUAUACAUACGUAUUCGUAUGUUAUCUAAUAUGUGCAUUAUUACUUAGCUUUGUUCAAAACAAAUUUAAUUAAAUGCAUACAAAUAAAUAUACAAGCAUAAACAUACUUAAUCCUAACAAACAUUCAUACAAAUAUGUUAUGUAUUUGGAAAUGGCAUAGAAAUUAAAAAA